CCCCGGGCAAUAGGGGAUCAUGGGGCCCCUGUGUCCUUGCCCAAACUCAAAAAAGCCUAUGAAAAAGGUACCAGGGGCAUCUCAUGGGGCCCCCUACUGACACCGGGCCCUCGGGCAGUGCCCGAGUUUCCAAAUGGUCAGUCCGCCCCUGGGUCCUGCACAUGUACCUGGUUAUGAAAGGCCUAGCCCCCACUCCUCCUCACUCCACUGCUUUGACAGUUAGCAAGAGUUCUUCUCCCUCCUCUAGCUGUCAACAUUUUUUAAAAACAUGGCUGUGCAGUAUUCCGUGAAUAAGAAAACUACAAGUCCUGACAGCCUUACUGGCUAUUGGCUUGUAGUUCAGCUUUAAAUCUGUCAAAAAAAUGCCUUACCAAUCUUUCAG